CCUUUGAUCGUUUUUGGAAAUAAUAAAAUAAAAUUAGCUGAUCAGGUACCACCACGGUUUUUUUUUCACUGAUUUAAAAAAUUACAUUUGCGUUUGGUUGUUUGCCGUGUUUUACCUAUUCGACAAGUCAACCUAAAAUGCCACGACUGACGCAAAGUGGAGUUUGGUCUUAUUUUAAAUUAGAUGAGCAUGAUCGAGAGAAAUCCAAGUGUAAUAUAUGCAAUAAAAUAUAUUCUCGCAAGGGUCGUACAACCUCGUCUUUGAGGAAUCAUUUGAAAUCAAUGCACCCGGAGCUGUUUAGUCUGGUUGAAUGCGAUGAUAACGAAAUUCAGUUGCAGAAAAAAAAGAUGAAUCAGAUAAAAAUGACACUCCGUUGCAAAAAGCUAAAACACAGCUAUCUUUGGAAGAAGCAUUUCAAAAAGAAAAAAAGUGGGACACUAACAAUCCGAAUUCGAAAAAAAUUGACAAACUCAUUGGAGAAAUGAUUGCACUACUUACCAUUUUAUUUUGUGGAGGGUGUAGGAUUUAGGAGAUUAAUGCAAGAAAUAGCGCCAAAAUAUAACUUAACAUUCCACGAUCGCUCAGAAAAAAACUGCAAAAAAUUCAGGACCGACUGAAUCAACCGCAUCUCAAAGUGUUCCAAGACUGCAACACGCGAUGGAACAGUUCCUUGUAUAUGUUCGAGCGAUUUUUAAAGAUAAAAGAUGAGUUGAGUCUUUACAUGACCGACAGUGACAUAGUCCCAAUUUUGCCAGAGGAGUGGAAGAUUAUGGAACCUUGUGUUGAGCUAUUAAAACCUUUUGAAGAAGUCAUACAGGAACUAAGCAGCUCUGAGACCCUCAUAUCAUCCGUGAUUCCAAUAAUUCAAAUGCUUAUAAAAAAAACUGGGAGACUUUUUAGCCAAAUCACAAUAUUCUGAUCCGAUUCGGCUGGCAUCUACGACUUUGAAAACAGAAUUUUGUUCGAAAUUUUUUUAUCC